AAUCUUCAAAAGGCGGGCGGUGAGAUUUCUCUCGUUAACUUCUUCAGCGUCUUUUUCUCUCUCUACAAAUUCGAUGCGAAGAACACUCAUAUGGCUGAAGCAGGGGAUCGUUUAUCUUGUGAAAAAAGAGUACCAGAAAAAUAUAAGCGUAACAAAGAUGUUCUGAAUGUUGUUGAGGAAGUAACAAAAACAAGAUCUGCAAGAAGAGUGAAGAAACCUAAUCUUCAUGGCCCUUCUCAUGGAAAAGUUUCUCAAAAAACGAAGGCCGCUGCUCAGAUUAGUAUGGAUGAAUUUGACUGGACCGAUACGAUUAAAGAGUGCCCAGUAUAUCGUCCAUCUAAGGAAGAGUUUGAGGAUCCUUUGGUUUAUGUGCAGAAAAUUGCUCCCGAAGCAUCAAAAUAUGGCAUUUGUAAGAUUGUCUCUCCCUUAGGAUCUUCUGCUCCGGCAGGAGUAGUGUUGAUGAAAGAGCAAAAACGUUUUAAGUUUACCACUAAGCUGCAACCUCUGCGACUUGCUGAAUGGAAUAACAACGAUAUGAUCACCUUCUUCAUGAGAGGAAGAAAUUAUACUAUUCGUGAUUUCGAGAUAAUGGCAAACAAGGCAACUGCUCGAAGAUACUGUAUAUCUGGAUGCCUUCCUCCUGCAUAUGUGGAAAAGGAAUUCUGGAAAGAAAUGACAGUUGCAAAGAGAGGAACGGUUGAGUAUGGGAUUAAUAUAGAUGGUAGUGCCUUCUCAAGCACUUCCAGUGAUCCUCUUGGAAGUAGCAAAUGGAAUUUCAAGAUACUUCCUCGGCUGCAAAGAUCCACCUUACGCUUGCUUGUUAAUGAAAUACCGGGAGUAACAGACCCCAUGCUGUACAUUGGGAUGCUAUUUAGUAUGUUCGCUUGGCACGUAGAGGAUCAUUAUCUCUAUAGCAUUAACUAUCAUCACUGUGGGGCCGCCAAAACUUGGUAUGGAGUUCCUGGUCAUGAAGCUCUUCAGUUUGAGAAUUUUAUCAGGCAUCGCGUUUAUAAUGAGGAAAUCCUAUCAGAAAAUGGGGUCAAUGGAGCUUUUAAUAUUCUUCAAGAGAGAACAACUAUGGUUUCUCCAAAGAUUUUGCUGCAACAUGGUGUCCCGGUUUACAAGGCUGUGCAAAUGCCAGGAGAGUUUGUUAUUACCUUCCCUAGAGCAUACCAUUCAGGAUUUAGUCAUGGCUUUAACUGUGGUGAGGCUGUGAAUUUUGCAAUUGGUGAAUGGUUUCCAUUUGGGGCUGCAGCUAGUGAGCGUUAUGCUCUUCUUGGAAAGGUGCCAAUUAUUCCUUAUGAAGAGCUCCUCUGUGCAGAAGCAAUGCUUCUCUCAAAGUCUUUAGCCAGCAGACCGUAUUGCACAUCAGACUUAAUCGAUGUUCGUUGUGUAAUGACUUCAUUUUCGUGCCUAUUGAGAUCAUACCACCGUGCCCGCUGGUGCUUGGAGAAGUUGAGAACUUCUCUUAAAAUGUGUUCAAAACCUCGAGGGUCAUUUACCUGCAUCCUCUGCAAACGAAUCUGUUAUGUGGCAUACCUUGAGUGCAAAUGUUUCGCUGGUCCCAUAUGCCUUUUUCAUGAUUUUGAAACUUUCAACUGUCUGUGUGGAAGUAGCUGCAGCCUCUUUGUUACUGAGGAUAUUUCAACAAUGGAAGCUGUUGCACAGAUGUUUGAGGCUGAGGAAGGAAUGCGUUAUGAGGUUGAGCAGAAAAUGAAGUCUCUACCUUACUUGUGGAUACAAACCUUAUUUCCGCGCAUACAAGGGAAAUAUCGUCCAUAUUGUGAGAUAACGUCAAGUAGUAUUCAAAAUGUAGACACUGGUAUAAAGAUGUCCAUGAUAAGAAGAUCAACUGCUCAAGGCAAGCAAAUGAGGAAUAUGAAGAAAAGAGGAUCAAUGGAGCUUGAUAACGAAGGAAUGUAUCCCCAGACCGCGCUAAAUGACACGAUGGAAAAGGAAGUCUCAAAGACAUAGGUGAUCUCAGAUGAUAUCCAUCAAGUUCCACUAACCUCAAUGUAAAGAUAUCAACUAAUUAUGUGCCUUUUCUGUUUGGUCCAAACAUGAAAGGCAAAAUAUUAGUAGAAUUAAUAUGUAACUCUUAACUGUUGAUUUGUUGUAUAGGCAUAAUGCAGUUCCAAGUUUACUAGUUUAUAGUAUAACUUUCCAGGCCUAUAUAUACUGUAUAUUUCUUGCU